AUGGUCAUCGCCAUCGACCUGGGCAAUAUGGCUUCAAGGUCCCCCACGAUCCACAAGUUCUUACCUGGCGGUUUGUGCAAAGGGCAGGGACGUAAUCAACGCAAGCUUAUGACUUGCGCUUACUACGGAUUCCUCGUUGAAGAGCCAUUCAAGCAUCUCAUCGUUGUCGACAAGGAUCUCCCAGAUGAUAUCCGAAGAUCUCCUCAUUUGGCCAAGGUCAAACAGAUCAUGAGAAAGCUCGGUAAGAAACCAUUUGAGAUCGUUGGAGACUACCUACGAAAACUAUGGUCUCACUCGUGGAACUACAUUUGUCAGUCUGAGGGGCUGGAACAUCAAAGUGCAUUCAACGUCGUCCUUUGCAUUCUGUCGCCUGUGACUUGGCCAUCUGACACCCGAGUUGAAAUCACCAAUGCUUUGAGACACGCCGGUUUCUUGCACGAUAUUACUCGUGAGAGAUUUGCCUUGAGAUUUUUCCCCGACUUUUCAACGGCGGUUUUCGCUUGGUACCGUGGAUGUCGCCCAUACUCUGUUAUCUCUCGUAUCCCAUUCAUGGCGACUGAACACACCAAAGCUCAAGGCAAGUUGCCUUUGCAUCUGUCUCAUAUCAGGACUAACAUUAUCACUGCAGCCAAAAAGUGCGGUACCUCUUUUAUGCCGUCUACAUAG